AUGUGUAUGAAAGCCCAGUGUUCUACCUGCCUCCUGGCAUCCAUUCAUUUGCUGAUCGUAUCAGACAAAACCACCUGGUGGGGCUGUGGAAGCCACAUUCCUUCCGUGAUGGACUCGAUUCCCGAGUCCGAGUGGUGCUCUUGUGAGCCUCAGGUUGAGAGAGAGGGAAAGAAAUACCCUCCCAAGGCUGCACAGAACGCCUGA